AUGGAGAGCAUCACCGCUGAAGGAGAGCAAGGGGGCGAGAAGGACCAAGAGAUAUGCGCGAUUUGCCUCGAGACGCCGACGGACCCGCACAAGCUCCCCUGCGGACACAUUUUCGAUCUGCAUUGUCUCCUCCUCUUCGCAGUGUCAUCGACGCCAAUGCAGGAGUCCCCACCAUGCCCAAAGUGCCGCCGGCGAUUCGAUGCGAGGCAGCUGAUUGCACACUCAUCGGUUCUGUCGCCAACCUUCGAAUCUGUGCGAUUGUGCCAAUCCGCUCCUGAGGAGCGCCAGCAGCAGCACACCAACGAUGGUCAUCUGCCGUCGGUGCUGAUCAGUGCCGCCACUGCGUUCCUGUUAAUCACUGCGACGUCCCAGGCCGAUCGUGUUGAUCUCACGCCGGUUGUGCUGGGCGGCAGCGCCCCCUCGACCGCGGUGUGUGGAAGGCCUGAGUUGCGAUCGGUGUCGGGGGUGGCGUUGGCGGCGGGGCGCGCGGCGUCCGGCGAAGGCUGA